UCUCGUUGCAAUUGGCGUUGCCGGAGCGCCAUGUUGGUGCAAACAAAAGAUACAACUUCAGUGCUUUCAAAAGAAUUCGUAACAGGCUGAAAACGAUGGCGGAAUAUACAAUGCUGCUCAGCUUUUCAUAAACCGGAGCUCUUCAUAAUGCCUUUUCCAAUUACCAAUCAGGUGCAAACAGCCCAGCAGACCCCAAAGCACUAUGGGAUCACGUCUCCCAUCAGCCUGGCACAACCGAAAGAGGCCGAUCUGGUGUUCACGCGGAAGCUGACGGAGACGCUCCGACCUUUUGGAGUUUUUGAGGAGGAGCUGGAACUGCAGCGGAGAAUCCUAGUGCUUGGAAAGUUAAAUACAUUGGUUGCGGUGUGGAUCCGUGAAGUCAGUGAAACCAAGAAUAUUCCAGCUUCAGUGAUUGAAAAUGUUGGUGGAAAAAUCUUCACAUUUGGAUCCUACAGGCUUGGAGUUCAUACCAAGGGUGCUGAUAUUGAUGCUCUCUGCGUGGCCCCCCGUCAUUUGGAGAGAACUGACUUCUUUUCCUCCUUUUAUGAGAAGUUAAAGGAGCAUGAGGAAGUGAAAGACCUGCGGGCAGUGGAGGAAGCAUUUGUUCCUGUGAUAAAGCUGUCCUUUGAUGGCAUUGAGAUUGACAUACUGUUUGCCCGUCUGGCGCUACAAACGAUUCCAGAGAACCUGGAUUUGCGAGAUGAUGGAUUACUGAGGAACCUCGAUAUUCGUUGCAUCCGAAGUUUGAAUGGUUGCAGAGUGACAGAUGAGAUUCUUCACUUGGUGCCCAACAUAGAGAAUUUCAGAUUGACUCUGAGAGCAAUCAAACUAUGGGCCAAACGUCAUAAUAUCUACUCGAACAUCCUGGGAUUUCUGGGAGGUGUGUCUUGGGCCAUGCUGGUGGCAAGAACCUGCCAACUCUACCCCAACGCUGUGGCCUCCACCUUGGUCCAUAAGUUCUUCUUGGUUUUUUCAAAGUGGGAAUGGCCAAACCCAGUCCUUCUGAAGCAGCCUGAAGACUGCAAUCUCAACCUCCCAGUCUGGGAUCCAAGGGUGACCCCUAGUGACCGGUACCACCUCAUGCCAAUCAUCACACCAGCCUACCCACAGCAAAACUCCACCUACAAUGUCUCUGCCUCCACUCGGGCCAUCAUGGUGGAAGAGUUCAAGCGCGGUCUCGCCAUCACGGAUGAAAUAUUGCAGAGUAAAGCAGAUUGGUCCAAACUAUUUGAAGCACCAAACUUCUUUCAGAAAUACAAGCAUUAUAUAGUGUUGCUAGCAAGCGCACAGACAGAGAAGCAGCACUUAGAGUGGGUGGGCCUUGUGGAAUCAAAGAUCCGAAUCCUGGUGGGAAACCUGGAGAAGAAUGAGUUUAUCACGCUGGCUCAUGUUAAUCCGCAGUCAUUCCCAGGACCAAAAGAGGGCAAUGACAAGGAGGAGGUCAGCACAAUGUGGGUGAUAGGUAUUGUCUUCAAAAAAAUGGAGGGAUCAGAGAAUCUUAACGUGGACCUGACGUUUGACAUCCAGUCCUUCACAGACACCGUUUACCGACAGGCAAUCACCAGUAAAAUGUUUGAGCAAGACAUGAAAAUCACAGCCAUGCAUGUGAAGAGGAAACAACUGCAUCAACUACUGCCCAAAGUCGCCAUUCACAGGGGCAAGAGAAAGCAUUCGUCUGAUGGCCUUCGAACGAUGAACGAUGGCAAUCUCGACCUAUCAGUUGACAGUGACAACAGCAUGUCAGUCCCCUCACCCACAGACCCUUCAACUGCCAAGAGUGCUCGUGCCGCCAGUCCUCAGGGAAGCUCCACUGGGACAGCCACAAACACCUCAGAUGUGCAGGGUAAAACUGAUGCUUCAAGUGCAAUCACGCUCCCAUCUGCCGAGGACGACAUUAAGCCCGUUAACGUCAGGACGCAAACGGGUACAACUGCACUGAAGCAGCCUGCAUCACCCGUUCAGCAUGAAACCGAAAAGAAACCCAAAGUGGAAUGUGUACAACAGAAUUCUCAGUCGGUUCCAUGUUUAUCAGCUGGCACUGCCGUGAAGAGAACUGCCUCACCCCUCGAGAAUGAGACAGCCAAGAGAGCCAAAGUAGAGGACCAUUCAAGCCCAGAAGCUAAGUCCUCAGGUGAAGAUGAUGAUCAUGUAGCUGUGGCUCCAGCGACCGAUGAAGUAACUCCUUCAGAUGGCGAGCCCAAAACAGAGACUGAAUUGUUGGAGGUGGACACAGCAGAGAAGAUGCCUUCUAGUCAGAGAGCAUCCAGCACUGAUCUGUCGGAUGUUCCAAUCCUCCCGGCCAACCCCAUUCCUGUCGUGAAGAACUCCAUCAAGCUGAGACUCAGCAGGUAGAACCGGCAUGAUCUUUUGCUGCUCUAAUACUCAGGAUGUGAAAGCCUGUCUUUCAUGGCCAUGGCAACGCCGCUGUCCACAGCUCUGUUCUUCCAGAAAUCUUGCCCUCUCCCUCCCACCCCCGGCACAAUUCGAAAACCAAACAAAAAUCAAAACAAAAAACGAUGUCAUACCCAACAACCUCAAUGUGAUUAAUAAAUGUGUUUUUCCCCCUCUUUAAAGACAGUGAUGGUGUAGUUUUCUUUAUUUUUUAUUUUGUAAGUCAAUAAAGUGGCAUGUAAUUAUAUUUCAGAGUACGUUUGGUCCUUUGGAGACCAAUCCACCAUGUUGUACAGAGCCGAUUGUGUAGAUGAGCAUCAAACCAGCAGGUGGUGAUGCUUUGAAUCAGCGUGUACUAAUGAAUCUAGCUCACUAAUACAGCUGUAAUUUAGCCAGAUUGCACUGAGAUUGGUGUAAACAUCAUGUUUUUACUCUGCCGUCCUAGCAGGAUGUUAACUUUGGUUGUUAUUAGAGUGUAAGAGCUUGUAUUCCCAGCAUGCUCUGAUUCUAGUGAUUUCAGCUGUCCGAAAUAAGCAGACCUGUGCUGGCUGUUAAUUUAGGUUUAUUUUACCAUGUAUAUAUUCAUUCAAAUAGAGACAAUAUUGAGACUUUUAUUUGCUUUGAACAGCUUGGUUUUCCUAUUAAUGUCCUGGGAUUUUUUUUCCAUUAUGUCGAAUCAAAGGUGUAUUUUGAAUGUUUAAAAUGCCAGGUCAACUUAUUUCUGUUGACCUCAUCUUAAGGAUAUGGAUGUGAAGAUAAAAGAAUGACACACAAAAAAUUUUUUAUUUAAGUUUAGAUCGAGUGAUGGUUUAUUGGGGCAGGAGAGUGAUUUUGUUAAUUUUGCAAACAUGUACAAACUUUUCUUAUUCUGUGUUUUGCUGAUUCAGUGAGAGAUGUGUUUUGUCUUAGUCUGUGUUGACUGUGGAUUCAUCUAACGCUGCCCCAGAAACUGUUGUCACAUCACAGAUUCACUCCUGUAAAAAUGCCUCCUAUUGCCUUGCAAUGCUCUUUCAGUUCUUUCAUAUGCUUAUUUGUAAGAACAAGGUAUUGUACUUUUUCACAAAUAAAGGUCUACAUUGUUGCAAA